AAAAAUGCCGCAAACCAGAGCCUGCAGCACAGAUUUUCCCGACUGCUAGGAAAGAAAUAAAUGUCUGCACUCUGCAGAUAAAAUACCCGUGAUCCGCGUUGAAUAUAAAAUCAAUACGGUACUUACAGUUGGUGCGAAAUAAAUUGUUAUCAAAGUAUUUGCCUACAAAUAAGCCAAGAUGUCAGAAUUAGCGAAAAAUGUGAACAAAACUCAGGAUGAGAAAAUUUUAAUGCCAUAUUAUUAUAUAACACAAGUGCCAGGAAAGCAGAUAAGAGGAAAGCUUACCAAAGCUUUCAAUUACUGGUUAAAAGUCAGUAACGAGAAGUUGAUGGCAGUAGCGGAGAUUGUACAGAUGCUACACAACUCCAGUUUGUUGGUGGACGACAUCCAGGACAACUCGAUCCUACGGCGUGGCAUCCCGGUGGCGCACUCCAUCUACGGCAUCGCCAGCACCAUCAACGCCGCCAACUACGCCAUGAUCAUUGCGCUCGAGAAGACGCUGCAGCUGGGACAUCCGCUGGCGACGACGGUGUACACCGAGCAACUACUAGAGCUGCAUCGCGGGCAGGGCAUUGAGAUCUACUGGCGGGACAACUUCCAAUGCCCUUCCGAGGAGGAGUACAAAGAGAUGACUAUGAAAAAGACCGGUGGUCUCUUCAUGCUGGCUAUCCGACUGAUGCAGUUGUUCAGCGAGAACAAGUCUGACUUCACCAAGCUGUCCUCCAUCCUCGGCCUGUACUUUCAGAUGAGAGACGACUACUGCAACCUCUACUCCCAGGAGUACUCAGAGAACAAGAGCUUCUGCGAAGAUCUGACGGAGGGCAAGUUCAACUUCCCCAUCAUACACGCCAUUAAAAACAACAAGGAGGACAACCAAGUUAUUCACAUUCUCCGUCAGCGCACGCGCGACGUGGAGGUGAAGAAGUACUGCAUCAGCCUGCUGGAGCGGUACGGCAGCUUCCAGUACACGCGCGACAGACUGCAGGAGCUCGACGAUGACGCCAGAGCUGAGAUCAAACGUCUCGGCGGUAAUCCACAUUUAGAAGAACUACUAGACGAGCUGCUGACCUGGAGACGGCCCAACACCAACAACAAUUGAAGCGAUUUGAUAAUUCCUUCGCGUUAACUUAUUAUUUAACUGUCAACGUUGCUAAUAAUUGCUCUCGGCAGUCUUCGUUGCCGCAAAUGAUAGACAUGACAUACCUUCGGUAAGGCAGGGGCGGACGAUGUUUUUUAUUUAUUUAUUAUGGCAGCAAACAGUCAUACACUUAAACAUGACAUAAAAAGAACAACAAAAAAUUAAAGAC